UGAAGACGAGUUCACUACAAGAUCCAAGAAACAUGAAGACCUCGACCCUCCUGUGUCUUUGUUUCUUAGGUUUCAGUUACAGUCUGGCAGUGGAGGAUGUGUAUGAAUAUCUGUGGGAGAAGAAUAAAGACAUCGCCAGUAAAACAAUCGAGUUGGACUUCCUGAGACAAAUGGAGAACGGCAGCCUGCAGGCGGAGCGAUACGUCAACUUCACCAUACAAGACAUCGGCUAUCUACUGAAAGUCACCAAGAUGUUGAAGAGAAUGAGUGCAAAAGUAGCUCUGCCCAAUGACAUCAAGAACUUCAUGAAAGGCAGAUACUCGAGCUACAAAAGUUUUGCAGACUUCCUGCUCAAACAAUACUUUUUCAAGGGUGAGCCUCCCAUUCAGCAAACUCCAGCUAUGAAGAAGUAUCUUUCGUUCUACAGAAACCUGAUGGACAAUGAUGAGCCGCUGUACUUUGCUGUGGGUCUUCUGCCCUGCUCCAGACUCUGGGUUUGGCUGGCAGAUAAUCUCAACAUUCCUUCAACCAAUGCCUACUACACUUGGAAGGUGGGAAAUAUGGGCGGCCAUCCUGAGAAACACUACAAAGCUCUGCUGAAUAAUUAUCUCAACACACCUGAGAAAGUGGCGAAGGCUAAUGCUGUAUUCCGCGCUCAGAUUCAGAAUGAGCACGAUUUCUUCUUCUCAUCUUGA